GCAACGGCGCGCGCAGGCUCCGCGAGCGCGCGCGGUCGCGCGGCCAGCCCGAGCCGGCGGGACGCAAGGCACGUCGCGCCCAAGCGCCGCCACGUCCGACGGUCUGCGUCAGCGCGAGGGCGGCGAACAUGGCGUCGUCUGCCGCCGGCCUCGGCGGCGGUGCGGGCCCGGGGCCCGAGGCUGGGGAUUUCCUGGCACGCUACCGCCAGGUGUCCAGCAAGCUGAAGAAGCGGUUCCUGCGGAAGCCGAACGUGGCGGAGGCGGGCGAGCAGUUUGGCCAGUUGGGCCGCGAGCUGCGUGCCCAGGAGUGCCUGCCCUACGCGGCCUGGUGCCAGCUGGCGGUGGCGCGCUGCCAGCAGGCGCUCUUCCACGGGCCUGGGGAGGCGCUGGCGCUGACCGAGGCCGCCCGACUCUUCCUGCGGCAGGAGCGCGACGCGCGCCAGCGACUCGUCUGCCCGGCAGCCUACGGGGAGCCGCUGCAAGCCGCGGCCAGCGCUCUGGGCGCCGCCGUGCGCCUGCACCUCGAGUUGGGCCAGCCGGCCGCCGCCGCCGCCGUCUGCCUCGAGCUGGCCGCCGCCCUGCGCGACCUGGGCCAGCCGGCCGCCGCCGCCGGCCACUUCCAGCGCGCCGCGCAGCUGCAGCUCCCGCAGCUGCCCCUGGCCGCGCUGCAGUCUCUUGGCGACGCCGCCUCCUGCCAGCUGCUGGCGCGCGACUACAACGGUGCCCUGGCGGUCUUCACGCGCAUGCAGCGCCUGGCGCGGGAGUACGGCAGCCACCCGGUGCAGCCACCGCCGCCCCUGCCGCUGCCGCCGCCGCCGCCGCCGCCGCCGCCGCCGCCGCCGCCAGGGCAGCAGGUGGGCCCCGGCGCGGCCCCGGCCCUGCCCGCCGCGCUGCUUCCUCCGAGCGCGGGCUCUGCGCCCGGCGCGCCCUCUCCCGCCGCGCUGGGAGCCUUCUCGGAUGUGUUGGUCCGCUGCGAGGUGUCCCGCGUGUUGCUGCUGCUACUCCUGCAGCCGCCGCCCGCCAAGCUCCUGCCGGAGCAUGCCCACACCCUGGAGAAGUACUCCUGGGAGGCUUUCGACAGCCACGGGCAGGAGAGCAGUGGCCAGCUUCCCGAGGAGCUGUUCCUGCUGCUCCAGUCCUUGGUCAUGGCUACCCACGAAAAGGACACCGAAGCUGUCAAGUCGCUGCAAGUGGAGAUGUGGCCGCUGUUGAGUGCUGAGCAGAACCACCUCCUUCACCUCGUUCUGCAAGAAACCGUCUCCCCCUCGGGACAGGGAAUCUGAUGAAUCACCUUAACUAAGAACUUAGUUGACUGGAAGUUACCUGUAUCCCAAAAACUUACUUCCAUGACGGUGGGAGGGAAACAACGACAACGUGAUAGAAUCAGUGGAGGACGUGGCUCUCUUCCCCAAAACUGCCCACAUACAAGUCCACGAUGUAUUCAUUCAUUUGAAAUUGACAGUGAGCCCAGUACUCGGGCUGUGCCACGCAAUGAAGCUACAGAGAUCCUUUGCGAUGUGGACCUUACUCAGCGGCAAUGCAAAUGUGUCCGGUGCAAGGGAGGGGGGCGUGUUCUAAUGCAAAUGUGUCUGAUGUGCCUUGGGAUUCACAGUUCUGGGUCUAGGUUCUAUUCUGAGAGGUAUGCCUCGUCCGCGUGACAACUUUUAUCUGUAGUAGGGAGCUCUCUGCAACUCUUAUUUAACUCAAAUAUGUAAAAUCGGCAUGGUUCUCUGGUAUUGUGCGGUCAUUUAUAUGCUAGACGGUGUCUUUGUUCCCCAAGAGCAGGAAAGCAUCCCAUUUCAAAAUAUUACAGUUACAAGGCUUUUUGGUCCAAAUGUUACGUGCAAACCUUACAAACUGGGCGUUUUUAAAUUCGAUUUUAUUCUCUUUACAGUUAGGGUUAGGGUUAGUAUGCAUCCUCUAGGCUGAAGUUGUAUACAGUACUAAUCUUUUUAGGGUGAGAUUUAAGGACACGGUUCGGCAGUAGGUUUCUGUUUUGCCUUUUGUGUGUGGCGGGGGGGGCAGGGAGGGGGAUAUGUGGAGGGUUGUCACCAUGAGUUAAGUGCCUCAAAAUGGGUGGGAUUUUUAGGGUCAUCUUUACUACCUCUAUUUCAACAAUGUGGAAGCAGUAGGUAAGGGAAUACAAGAGAGGCCCAUCUGAGACAGAAUCAGCCACCAUUCCUGUGCUCUCACUUGGCUGCCUGGAAGGGUCUUUUCAGAGCCCUAAAAGCCUAGUCUAACUUAUUGAAAAAGUGGGUAAGGUGUAUCCUUCUUUGUGCUUUUGCUUUUCCUGGUACACUCCUCUCAACCUGAACUGUAAGCCUGGACACUGUCUUACUGUCUUAGGACAAGAAUGCUUAGGAGUGAUGGAAUGUGACUGGUGAUAGUACUUGGGUUUGGGUUUAAGGAAAAGCUAGGCCUCUGGUCUAACUCCUUGCUGUGGGGACAUAAAGGGGAGGGAUUACCAGAAAGCCUGGUGUUGGGUAUAUGAGCAGCAUUAGAGUUCUCCAGAGAAACAAAAUGAACAGAAUCUAUGUAUAUGUGUAUGUAUACUUAUAUAUAUGUAUGUAUGUUUAUAUCUACAAAUAGAUUGAUUUUAAGUUAUUGGUUCACAUGAUUGUGGAGACUUGAAAAGCCCCAAAUCUGCAGGAUAGGUCAGCAGUCUGGAGACGCAGAAAAGAGGUGCAGUAGAAGUACAAAGGCAGUUUGCAGGCUUAAUGGCUGAAUUCCCUCUUCCAAGGGGGUCAGCCUUUUUCUAUUAAGGCUUUUCAUUGAUUGGAUGAGACCCAUCGACAUAUAGGGGGGAGGGGUAAUUCACUUUACUCAAAGUCCACUGAUUAAAUGUCAAUCUGAACUACAAAAUACCCUCACAGAAACGUUAACAGUAAUGUAUGACCAAAUGUCUGGGCACAAUGGCCUAUCCAAGUUGACACAAAAUUAACCAUCGCAAGUACACCCUUUAUCAACUUGGCACCCAGACCCAUCUCCUUUAUACAUUCUUAAAUUACUAAUAAAGAUAGUAACAAGGUUCUACUUAGACCUAACAUGGUGCAACUAUCCUGGGUACAACCAAAAACACAAUAACCCUUUGCCCGGUAGAAGAUGCACAGUCCUUGAGUAAUAUUUACUCUUCUCCUUGACAUACUGAAACUUAAAUAUUAUGAUGUAAAGUUAAGAAUACUUAAAUACUAUGAUAUAAAUUCAGUAUACCUUAUAUGAUGGGAGGAUAAGAAAGGGAAGAAAACAUAUUUUAUGCACACAAACUCAAACAUAACAAAUGAAGGAAAAACUCAUGUCAAUUACAAUCCCUAUUUCUGUAACUGAUCACAUGGUCAUAGCUGGUAUUCAUAAUACUGCACAAUUACACUAAUAUGAGGUAUCUAAAAUAGUCAUAUUCAUAGAAUCAGUGCAAUGGUAGUUGCCAGGGCCUUGAGGGGAGGGCAAAAUGGAGAGUCACUGAUCAAUGUGCAUAAAGUUUCAGAUAAGCAAGAUUAAUAAGUUCUAGAGAUCUGACAUAUAAUGUUGUACCUGUAGUCUACAAUAAUGUAUACUAAAAAAUGUAUUAAGAGAAUAGAUCUCAUUUUAAGUGUUAUCAAACUAGAAUAAAAUUUUAAAAAGUGAUGCUCUUCAAAUAAAAACACAGAAAGAUCAAAAGUAAAAGGAUGUAUAAAUAUAUAUCGUAAAAACAUAGGAAAGCUGGAAUGGUUAUUUAGAUAUUAGAAAAAUUAUACUCAUGUUGGAGAUUGUAGCAUCACUCUCUUAGAAAAUUGAAAUGUGCUCAACAUCUUUCAUCAUUAGUUAAUUGCAAAUUAAAACCACAAUGAGGUAUCACUCUGUAUCGAAUGGCUAAAACUAACCAACUGACAACAUCAAAUGUUAGCAAGAAUAUGGAACAGCUGGGACCCUCACACAUAGUGGGAGUAUAAAAUGGUACAAACACUUUGGAAAACAGUUAAGUGGUUUCUUAUAAAGCUAGAUAUACACCUAACCUAUUACCUAACACUUCCACUUUCAGGAAUUAUCCAUGGGAAGUGAAAGCAUAUUUGUAUAGAAAAUCUUGAACAUAAACAUUUAUAGUAGCUAUUUUCAUAAUAAAAAACUAAAAACAGGCCAGAUAUCCAUCAACAGUUGAAUGUAUAAAUAAAGUGUAGUUUAUCAAUACAGCUAAAUAACACUAAAUGACGAAGAGGAAUGGAUCAUUGAUACGUGCAAAAAUAUGGAUGAAUCUCAAAAGAGGCUUCACUGAAAGUACUUGCAUGUCUGAUUCCAUUUAUUUAAGUUCUAGAACAGGCAAAACUAAUACGUGGUGAGAAAAAAUAAGAUCAGUGGUUGCCUAUAGGAAAUGAGGAUGAGGCUAAUUGGGAAGGGGACUGAAGGAACUUUUGAUUUAGUAGUUCAAAUCCUUAGUAUUUACCCCAGGGAAAUGAAAAUUUAUGUUUAUACAAACCCUAUCCGUAAAUGUUUAUAGCAGUUUAUUCAAAAUUUCCAAAACCUGGAAACCAAAAUGUUCUACAAUAUGGAAAUGAUUAAACAAAAUGUGGUAUAUCCAUAUAAUGGAAUAAUACUUGCCAAUAAAACAUAACUAUUGAUACAUUCUCGAUGAACAAUCUAGAUAAACUUCAAAAAGCAAUAUGUUGAGUGAUAGUCAGUUUCAAAGGUGACAUCCUGGAUGAAUGUAUUUACAAGAUGUUCUGGGAAAGGCAGUUCUACAGAGAUGGAGAACAGAGCAGUGGUUGUCAGGAUUAGGUCUGAGGAAAGGGUUUGACUAAUCCUGAGAGUUUACUCCAAAAUACUGCUGCUUCAGCUUUCAUUUGGUGUGGAAAAGCAACAUGCAACAAGCAGGGGCCUUGAGCAGACACUAGCCUACCCUCAAGUGCAUGCCUUAGAUGACAACCAGCUGAGGCACAAGUAGGUGUAAGCACCUGAUAUGACUUUCCCAAUCACCCUGGUGUUAAACAGUCGCUUCUGCCUCCCAGCUCCUCCCUCUGUGGAUCCCUUAGAUAGGACUCCCACAGACCUUACCAAAACACCACUCUUUUUUGUUUGUUUUGAAUUGGUCAAUCCAGCCCUGGCCCGGAAACCCCAGAAAUAUUUCACCCAUGAACCUUAGUAAAGGCAUGUACUUCAGGUCCUGCUGCCCCCUCUCUGCAUGUGCCGUGCCUUGACUUCCCCAUGUGGCCCUCCAAACAUGCUGUGUACCUCUUCCAGGAGCUAUGAGUAAUACACCUCUCUGUUUCCCUUUCCCUUUCAAUCUUUGUUGAACCUUGGCUCACUAUCGGACACCCUUACCCCAGGCUCUUCUUAACAAGUGUUAAUUUAACAAAAAUGACAACAACUAAAAAGGGGCAGGAGUAUCAUACCAGAGACUUUUCUAGGUUGAUGGAGCUGUUCCAAGUCCUGAAUCUGGUGGUGGAUACACAUACCUAUACAAGUGUUAAAUUCAUAGAACUGGGCUCCAAAAAGGUUGAUUUUAUUGUAUAACAUAAAAAAUAAAAAACAUAAAAGAAAUAAUAGUUCCAUGGACUGCAUACAGUACCACCUGCCCCCCCCCCCGGCCCCCCACGUCUUUGUUGCAAAGUGAGGAUUUGAUUUUGCACAGCUCUAUACUUAAGCUACAUGAUUUUUAUCCUGAUCUGAUUUCUUAGCGUAGAUCAAUGUCUAUCCAUGUGACCACCCAAGUUCUCCUUUGUUUCAUCCGCCCCAUACAUAUUCGUGGGAAUGAUUUGAUUACAUACACCAUUGUGGCUACAGCCCUAAGUCC